AUGCCAUCUGAAGUGGCGGUUCGAGCUAGACAUCCGGUUCUUUUGCCGCGAGCAAGAUCUUUGGAACGUGGGGCUCCAGUUGGAACAUUGAGCAGGUUAGUUAAGAGAUUUAUUUAUUUUUUUUUGUAGACGAGGAGAGUAACAAAAUUGAUAAGAAAAGUGUUCCGAAAAAUGUAAAAAAUUUUAUGGAAAACGGAAUAGAAUUGUGAAACUGAUUAAGAAUCAACUGACUUUUAAACAUGAUUUCAUUGUGUGUAGUUUCAUAGUGAUUCAUAAAUAUUUUAUGAAUUUUCAAUUCUUGUUAUUGAGCCAUGAAAAUUCGUUGGAUAUUAUUGAAAUUUACAUGAUAAAUUUGAAAAAAAGUAUCAUAAAAUAUAUUUUCGUGAUUUCUGACAAGAACUUUGUGAUUUUCUGUGAGAUUGAUAUUUUUUCUAACAUAGGUCUAAACUGAAAAAAUUAUGUAAAGCUGAUGGUUAUCACAAGCAAAAUAUGUAUUUGUCAGUUUCAGAAUGAAAAGCAUUCUACACUAACAACUAUCAAAUUUUUGUUUCCAGAGUAACAUCAGUUCCAAACUUGUCCACAAUUCGAGUUGGAUCAAGCUACAGUCCAUCAGCGCCUCUUCACAAAUAUAGAAGAGAUGUCGAUUCGGUAAGACACGUUUUUUGUUCAUUUCCACCUUUCGUUCUUAUUUUCAAAAAGUGUAAUCUCAUAAAAACAACAACAAAAAAAACUAAAAAAAAAAGAGUGAGAGAUAUAUGAGAAAUGAUCGACGAACACAUGAAUGUUUAUAGCUUGAUGAUUGGGCAAUCGAUCGAUACACUUAUCACGCACCAUUUUAUUGGCAAACUUAUCGAUAUGCAGCAAGACGUCAAGCCUACGUCGAUCCAAUUCCACAAACAUUGGGACACGAAUACUCAACAUUUUGGUCUAAAUAUAAAUGGUACACUGAUUGGUUGAACCCAACUUAUUGGAGACGUUAUAGAGAUGCUAAUUAUGACAGACCAUUAUGGAAUAAUUGGAGACCAUGGCAAUAUGACUCGUUAGUUUUGUUUGAAACUUUUAAUUAUUUUUUUCGAAAAAAAUCACAAAAAAAAUUUUUUCAGGCGCAACGCUAAACGAGCCAUUGAUUUGUAUAGAAACGGAGUGAUUGAUUUCAAAACAUUAGAUUCAAAAUGGAUCACACCUUCUGCAUUGGAAAGACGUGGAAGAGAUUGGUCAGAUGUUUAUCUUCCAGCUGCUCGUUAUGGAGCUCAUCGCUAUUUCUACUCUUUCAGUUAA